GGGAACAGGGAUCGUUGUUGGGGGUAGGAGAGGGGACGCCCUCGGACCCAGAUGUGGAGCUGGAGGUCCCGGGCCUUGCUCCGGGUGUGGGACCUGUGGCCGGCGGGGGUGCCCGGAAGGAGACUGCUAAGUAGUGAUGCCGUGUCUCAGGCAAGGAGUGACUCGCCAGCGUGUUGGAACUGCGGCGUCUCGGGGGGCCCUGGGUCGGGGGACCGGUUCUUCUGUCCGCGGUGCCGCGCGCUGCAGCCACCUGACCGCGCUCGCGACUACUUCAGCCUCUUGGAUUGCAAGCGUUCCUUCAGGGUUGAUACCACGAAGCUCCAACGCAGAUACCAGGAACUACAGCGUCUUGUCCACCCAGAUUUCUUCAGCCAGAGGUCGCAGACUGAAAAGGACUUCUCAGAGAAGCAUUCGACCAUGGUGAACGAUGCCUAUAAGACCCUUCUGGCCCCACUGAGCAGAGGACUAUACCUUCUAAAGCUCCGUGGAGUAGAGAUUCCUGAAGGGACAGAUGAUGAAAUGGACAAGCAGUUCCUCAUGGAAAUCAUGGAAAUCAAUGAAAAACUCGCAGAAGCUCCAAGUGAAGCCGUCCUAAAGGAGAUUGAAUCCAUUGUCAGAGACAAACAGAAAGAACUUACUGACAAUGUGGGCAACGCUUUUGAACAAGAGGACUUUGACAAGGCCAAGGAAAUUUUAACAAAGAUGAAAUACUUCUCAAACGUAGAAGAAAAGAUCAAGUUAAAGAAGAUUCCCCCCUAACUGUUGCUCAUUUAAAGCUUUAAAAAUAAAAAGUUCUUGUAUUCCGUC